AUGUCCGGUGUCAUCAAAAACGCUAUACGUUUCCUGCGCGAGCAGUUUACCGAUAUCCCUGUUCCGACAGGCAGCCUGAAGGGUAAGACGAUCGUCGUCGUCGGCGCGAAUGUCGGGCUGGGCUUCGAGGCUGCCAAACGUCUUGCGCAGCUCGAACCAGAUAGACUCGUCGUGACCAGCAGAGAUGCGACAAAGGGGGAGGAGGCAAAGAAGUUGAUAGGAGAUGGCGCUAACAGCGGCGAGCUGUCUCUGUCGCUCGUCGACUUCUCAUCGUUCGACUCUGUUCGGGCAUUUGCUGAUGAAAUUGCGGACGGUGGUAACGCGAAGCUCGACAGUCUGCUCAUUAAUGCUGGGGUAGCGACUAGUAUCUAUGCUCCUACUUCAGACGGAUGGGAGAAAACUCUGCAGGUCAACUAUCUGUCCAAUGCGCUCUUGAGCAUUCUGCUACUCCCUACUCUGAUCAAGUCGGCUACGGCCGAUGCAGCAUCACGCCUUCUCAUCGUCUCCAGUGACGCCCACUACCUCGCCACUCUGGAUGACGUGAAGAAGUCACCGAAUAUCGUCAAAGAACUGAGUGACCCAAAGUAUUGCACGCAGAAGAACAUGGACAAGCUGUAUUACACUUCCAAACUCCUCGGCGUGAUGUUCGUGGAAUCCUUGGCGGCGCGUCUGCCACGACCGACCCCGGUCGCCGUUCUCGCCGUUAACCCAGGCUUCUGCCACUCGAAGCUCACACGCGAAGCCGACGAGCGACCCCUGAAGAAAUAUGUGAUUAGGAGCUUUAAGGCCAUCUUCGCGCGCACGACCGAGGUCGGCAGCCGCACACUGGUACAUUCCGUGAUCGACCCGGACGAGCGCGCGUUCCACGGGCACUUCGUCAGUACGUGUAAGGUUGUGGAAGAAAGCGACUAUUUGCGGACGGAGGAGGGCAAGGCUCUUGCAGGAAGAGUCUGGACUGAGACUUUGGAAAUACUCGAAGGAGUCGAUCCUAGGGUGAAGCAGAUUGUCUCUGAGUACCUAUCGUCUCCGGCGGGACAGUCGACUUAG